GGUAGAGGGUGGAGGAAGGGGAGGAGGAGGAGGAGGCGAAGGCCGGGGCCGGGGGGAUUUAAGGGCUCGCUGUCCCCCGCCCGCCUCCGCUCCGCCGGCCGGGAGGGACACGGGCGACAGCGCCCAAGUUUGUGCGGGGACGUCCCCGGGCUGGCGCUUUCUCCCACCCAGCCCCUGCUGCUGGUGCAAGAAAGAGAAGCAUCGAAGGGCACGAUGAAGGGUUUCCUCCUCACCCUCCUGGUCCAGCUCUGCUCGGCAUCGUUGGUCCCCGAGAAGGAGAAGGACCCCGAGUACUGGCGGCAGCAGGCGCAGGAGACACUGCGCGACGCCCUGCGGCUCCAGCGCCUCAACCAGAACGUGGCCAAAAACCUCAUCCUCUUCCUGGGCGACGGCAUGGGCGUCUCCACCGUCACGGCCGCCCGCAUCCUCAAGGGGCAGCUGCAGAACCGCAAGGGCGAGGAGAGCCUGCUGGAGAUGGACAAGUUCCCCUACGUCGCCUUGGCCAAGACCUACAACACCAACGCUCAGGUGCCCGACAGCGCGGGCACGGCCACCGCCUACCUCUGCGGCGUCAAAGCCAACGAGGGGACGGUGGGCGUCAGCGCCGGCGUCACCCGCGACCGCUGCAACACCACCAAGGGCCAGGAGGUGACCUCCAUCCUCCGCUGGGCCAAGGAUGAAGGCAAGGCGGUGGGCAUCGUCACCACCACGCGGGUCACCCACGCGACGCCCAGCGCCGCUUACGCCCACUCCGCCAACCGCGACUGGUACUCGGACGGAGAGAUGCCCCCGGACGCGCUGGAGGGCGGCUGCAAGGACAUCGCGCGGCAGCUGGUGGAGAACAUCCCCGACAUCGAGGUGAUCCUGGGCGGCGGGCGGAAAUACAUGUUCCCCAAAAACGCCAGCGACGUGGAGUACCCGCAGGAGGAGAAGCACCGGGGCACCCGCCUGGACCGCCGGGACCUGGUGCAGGCGUGGCACGACACCAAGCCCCCGGGGAAGGUCGCCAAGUACGUGUGGCACCGGCGGGACCUGCUGGCGCUCAACCUCAGCCGCGUUGAUUUCCUCCUGGGUCUCUUCGAGCCCGGAGACAUGGUGUACGAGCUGGACAGGAACAACGAGACCGACCCGUCCCUCACCGAGAUGGUGGCCGUGGCCAUCAGGAUGCUCCAGAAAAACCCCCGGGGCUUUUUCCUGCUGGUUGAAGGCGGCCGCAUCGACCACGGGCACCACGAGGGCAAGGCGAAGCAGGCGCUGCACGAGGCCGUGGAGCUGGACCGUGCCAUCGGGCUGGCCGCCCGCCUCACCUCGCCCCAGGACACGCUCAGCGUGGUCACCGCCGACCACUCGCACGUCUUCACCUUUGGCGGCUACACCCCCCGCGGGAACCCCAUUUUUGGUCUGGCGCCGAUGCAGAGCGACGUGGACCGCAAGCCCUUCACCUCCAUCCUCUACGGCAACGGCCCCGGCUACAAAAUUGUGGGGGGCGAGCGCGAAAACGUCUCGGCCGUGGAUUUCGCGCACGCCAACUACCAGGCACAGUCGGCCGUGCCGCUGCGCCAGGAGACCCACGGCGGCGAGGACGUGGCCGUCUUCGCCCGCGGCCCCAUGGCCCACCUCCUGCACGGGGUGCACGAGCAGAACUACAUCCCCCACGCCAUGGCGUACGCCGCCUGCAUCGGCCCCAACCGAGCCCACUGCAACGCCGCCGGGCGCGCCGCCGCCGCCAGCCCCCUCCUCCUGCCCUUCCUCACCCUCCUCCUCCUCCUCUGCUAGAGCAUCUCUUGCAAAACAUCGAUGGGGAGGAUUUUUUUUUAAAUCCUCCCUCCUCUCCCUCCCCGCCCCCUCCCUUUUUUUUUUUUUUUUUUUUUUUUUUUUUCCUGGGGUAGCGGCGCCCGGGAAAAGGCAAAAAAGAAAGACUCAGCGGAGCAAAAGCAGCCGCCCGCGGUUUCGGCGGCCACGGCGCGCUGGGCUCUGCCCCUGUGAGCACCGCGCUCCGCCCUGUCA